ACAGCCAACAGACAAUUGUGUGCGCUCUCAAGUCCGUCCGACAACAGUUCGCUUUACUCAAGAAAACCACCAACACCAAUAAAACCCAAAAAUCAAAAUGUUCACCUCCGUUGCAUUCGUCGUCUUGGCUUCGGCCUGCGCUGUCUUCGGCGCACCACAAGGUGCCUACUACGCCCCAACCACCGCCAACACAACCCCCAUCCCGAUCAUAGCCCAGACACAAGAACUCAAUCUCGACGGAUCUUACCAAUACAGCUACCAGACCGGAAACGGAAUCUCAGCUGGCGAAUCCGGAUACCUGAAGAACCCAGGCACCGAGGCCGAGGGACAAGUAGCCCAAGGAUACUACCUGUACACCGGCCCAGACGGCGUUGUCUACCAAGUGGAAUACUACUCAGACGCUGAAAACGGUUUCGUCGCCAAGGGAGCUCAUUUGCCUACUCCACCACCACUCCCAGAGGCGUUGGUCCGUGCCAACGAAUUGGCCUACAAGAACGCCGCCGCCGAUGCCGGUCAAUACGACGAGAGGGGUUUCCCGAUCAACACCGCCAAACGGUACUAGACAAUAAAUACUCGACAAAAUCAACAGAUUCAACAACUGCCGGACGUUUAUUUGCGCAAGCAUCAAAUAAUCGAACCACCACCACUUCUUCCUUCCCUCGUCUUGAAAAAGAAUAAGAAAAUAAAAGUAAAAAAAAAUCUACAAUUAGGUUCGAAUUUCAACGUUUUGAUGAUUGGUUUUUUUUCAAAUUUUCUUUGAAUCAAAAAUCCAAAAUUCGAACUCAA